AGGCGGAAGUUAACACAGCAGACAGACCACAGACAGGAGGCAAAUGACGAAGGCGACAAAGUAACAACAUGAAAACGCUUGAAAUAGUCCAUAAAGAAGACGACAUAUUGCGACUGUUGACGACAUUUCUGGGCUGUUAGAAAGAAGGAUGGCGUCGGGCGAGGAGGAAGUUUGUCGAACAAGAGAGGAGAAGGAGCGACAGCAACAACCGGAGCUUUGCACGGCUUGCAUUGUGCUCCACGCUCAAGACGUCCAUCAGCUGAUUGGUCAUCAAGAAGAACGUCCCCGUCAGCCACAGGGGGGGAUCUCCACUUUGAAGCAGGAGGAUCCACAGCCCCCCCACGUUAAAGUGGAAGAGGAGGAGCCACAAUCCCCCAACGUGAAAGAAGAAGAGGAGGAACUCUGGAUCGCUCAGGAGGGAGAGCGUCUUCUAAGGAAGGAGGAGGCUGAUCUCACCAAGUUGCCACUGACUGGUGUCUCUAUGAAGACUGGAGACCAUGAAGACAAACCACCCGAGUGCUCACAGCUUCAUCACAGUCCGAGUGAGGAGAACAGAGGGGCGGAGCCUCCAAACGGCAGCUCACCACAACACAUGACAACAGAAGCUGAUGGAGACCACUGUGGAGGAUCACAAGCAGACAACCUCUUAGCUCCACUAUCAGAUAGUGAUGACACAACGUCAUACUUUCCUGAGGAUGAAGAUAGGGGCGACACCCAAGAACCUUUGAGCAGCGAUACAGACUGGGAAGACGCCCAGCAGCUUAUUGGUCAUCAAGGAGAACGUCCCCGUCGCCCACAGGGGGGGAUCUCCGCUUUGAAGCAGAAGGAGCCCCAGCCCCCGCACGUGAAAGAGGAAGAGGAGGAGCUCUGGAUCACUCAGGAGGGAGAGUGUCUUCUCGGGUCGGAGGAGGCUGAUCUCACCACGUUGCCAACGACCGGUGUCUCUGUGAAGACCGAAGACCACGAAGACAAACCGCCUGAGUCCUCACAGCUUCAUCACAGUCCACACAUCCAGCAGUUGAUUGAUCGUCAAGAAGAACAUUCCCGUCAGCCGGAAGAUGGGAUCUCCACUUUGAAGCGGGAGCAUCCACAGCCCCCCCACGUUAAAGAGGAAGAGGAGGAACUCUGGACCACUCCGGAGGGAAAGUGUCUUCAUGGGCCGGAGGAGGCUGAGCUCACCAGGUUGCUGCUGACUGGUGUCUCUGUGAAGACUGAAGACCAUGAAGAAAAACCACCCGAAUCCUCACAGCUUCAUCACAGUCCAAGUGAGGAAAACAGAAGGGUGGAGCCUCCAAGCAGCGGCAGCUCACCACAACACAUGACAACAGAAGCUGAUGGAGAUCAGAUAUCAGAUAGUGAGCACACGUCACGCUCCUCUGACGAUGAAGACGGGGACGACACCCGAGAAGAUUCGAGCAGCGAUACAGACGGUGAAGGUGACAUGAGGACUCACGCUGACAACAAACACUCUGGAUGCUCUAAAAAGAAGACCGGUAAACUUUUCACCUGCUCGGUUUGUGCUAAAAUAUUUGUGAAAAAGGGUGAUUUCACUCGACACACACACACAGGAGAAAAACCUUAUUGUUGCUCAAUUUGCGGUAAAGGACUGUCUGACAAGCGGACAAUGCUGUCACACAUGAGAAGGUAUCGUCGUUAA